UAGAAAACGUCUUUUUCGAGGGGUCUUUACCUGCAAACGUCCAGCGAUGCCGGUCUCGGGCUUGGUGGGCGCCGCGGCCAUCGCCGGCGCGGCGAACACGCUAUGGCAAUACAACCGGGAGAACUAUAUGUUUGAUGUCCCUUUACGGCAAGGGCGUGAGUUCCAAAAGCAGAACGUGAACUUGGCACGCUAUGCGUUGUUUCGGGAAGAUAUCCGGGACCUUGCAUCUCUGACCACCGAUAAGGUGUCGAACCUUCUGGUCAUCAAUACCUUGAAGGUUGGCUUCAUUGUCUCAGUCUACUUCAACUUCGACCGAACGGACGCUGGCUUCGAGCAGCUGACCUGGCACGAUCAGAUUUUGAGCGUGCUCUUGGGUAUGACUCUUUUGACCUCCUUCUUCUUUCUCAUGACAUCGAUUUGGUUUGCCAUGCACGCGUUGCAGCUCGCGCAAGCGAUUACGACCAAGUUGCUCGUGCAAGUGGUGCGAAUUCCCAUGCCCACAGAGAUUGACAUUGCCAAGGCCGCCACGGAAGCCAAACAGUUCGAGAUGAACUUCCGUGAGGCUUUGCGGGUGCCCUUCAUGAGCGGCCAGCCUGAUGCGCAAAACGGGCAAAACGGGCAGCUGCCGCACCCGAACAGUAUGGAUGACUUGAAUCAUGUGGACGACCUCAGCGUCAGCGACCUCUCCGGGCUCACCAGGCUACCUCACAGAGUGAAGACCAUGGUGAAAGAGCAGAUGGUGAAAGAUGACCCGCUGGCCUCCAAGCCAGGUGGGCCAGUGGUCACUUCGUUGAACGAGUUGAUGUAUGGCUAUGAGAACAUGGACAAAACCUUUUCGCAAAUCGAACCGCAUCUCAAGCUGCUCUCUUUGGUUGCUUCAAGCUGGCAACCCUUUGAUCUGUACAGCAAGGUCACCACUGUCUUGGGGUCUUCGUGCCUCUUCAGCGGUUUGGCCUACUACUCCAUAUUCUACUACAAGCCCUCCGGCACCAGCGAGGUCACGCCGGAGGCUUGGUGCUGCUUCCUUUUUAUGUGUACAUUGGCCUGGUGGAACUUGACCAUCGAGAUUGCAGGAAGCUCCUUUGAUUUGGCGCUGGCCGCAAUUUUCAUGAUGGUGGGGCCCUUUGUUUGGAUGUUCACGGACAAGCCGUCGCUCACCGACAACCGGAUGCAGAUGUUCGGCUGUCCUUUGCUGAUCUUCUUACCGGCUGUUUGGAUCUCCUAUUUGGGUAUUCGGGCCUGCACCAUUGCAGGGGUUUGGCCUCACUUCUUCACCAGCACGCGCUACUUGAACGUGCUGCACAAGCAGAAAGGUCCCAUCGAGAUCCCCCGAGACAUCGCCCGAAAGGCGAAAGGGGAAGACAACUGGUCCAUGGACGACAACGCCAGCACAGACUCCGGGGAAAUUGAGGACGUGAACCGGGCCAUGGCAAUGGCACAACCCUUGGUGGAUGCAUUGAGUUGCAUCGCCUUGCAGCCUCAGAGCUCGGCCAGUCGGCAAACCGUCAGCCAGGCUCGCGAUACUUUGCGAGAAGCUGCCCGUGCAGCCGGAGUUUCCCGGAGCACGGUACUCUUGAAGGGAUUCUUCAUUCACUUGGAGAUGAACGGGGACCAGGAGGAAGAGGUCCAUUGGGUCGACCCCUGUGGCAUCUCCUCUGAGCCGGAGCACCUCACGGCGCCGGACACCGUGAGCUUGGUGGAGAUCAUCGAAACCUCCAACCAGGUGGCCGACAUGCUGUUGUCUCAUGCGGUGCGGUGGACCGUGGACGAUAUGGUGAACUUAGCCUCCUAUGGAGGUGAGCCUGUGGCAGGUGUUCACAGCUUCCUGUUUCAGUUCGAGAACACGCUGGAGAAGUCCACCCACUUCCGACCGUCGGCGGACUAUCUGUUCAAGGUCGCCAUGGCGUUGGUCUCCAUCUUCUGGAUCUUGGUCCUUUGCUGGUCUCUCCGCUUCAGCACUAACGUCUUCAGUAGGAUAUCCUUACAAGGAGGGGACAUGGUGAGCUGGACCAUGCCACAACCGUGGCGCAUGGUGGAAUCCUUUGGCUGCACGCUGGAAGGAACUCACUAUGUCAUGACUGAUGGCUAUACCGUCCAGGUCCUCAACUCCGAUGGUUCCCUGUACUUGCACUUCCAAGCCUGUGGUGAUCAACGUGUGAGUGCUGUGGACUUCGGCCAGGGUGGGGAGAUCAUCGCCUGCUGCGAGACCGGAACACAAUCCACUUGGGUGGCGAAUGGUAAGGUGAUGAGUCAGCACUGGGUCUCGAACAUCAGCGGCCUCAUGGACGUGGCGGUCGAUCGGUCGCCUCUGGAGGACCCAGAUCAUAUUGAUGCCAUCGCUGUGCGUGACAAUCAACUCUUGGGUUUCGUCUUCGAACCCAACGGCCGCUGGCGCCUCUUCGGGCGCCUCACGCUGCCGGAAAAUAGGGACCGCCAGACGGACGAGUGGAGCAUCACGGCUUUGGCGAUUCGCCUGGGACGAGCCUUGAUUUUGACCAAGGGUGAUCAGCUCUUCGAGUUGGACGUGCCUUCAGGCCAAUGGACUGGUCCGCUGCUGUUGCCCACCUUGGGACCUAAAUCCAAAUACGAUUGGAUCUCAGUUUGCCGGCUCUCGCGGGGAAGGUGGAAAAUGGUGGGUCUUCCCAGCAAGGCUCCCAUCCAGCUUUGGGACUUUGAGCGUCCGCCCAUCAACACUUUGCCGCCCCGGCGGGACGAGACCAAUCCGCAGCUGGCACUCAGCGCGUAGUUCGGUGUUGUUGGAACGAACUCAACUCUGUUGGAACGACGACAGAGACGAACGCCGUCGUGGUGCUGGUGCUCAAAUCAAAGGGGCACUGAUGAGUCACCAUGGUUUUCCAAGGGGAUCAGAUGGAGGGCCUGAAGGGAUUUGUUGGAC